GUCGAAGUAUAUGUUAGAAAGCAACUGAACACAAGAAAACGAGGUUUGAAGAUUACUUGUUGGAAAUGGCCGCUGCUCUGCAGACAACUUGCUUCCUCCGACUCAAGAACAAUUACAAUGUGAUACAGUGCCGUUCUUCAACCAACAGAGCAUUCAAAUGUAAGCCCCCCAUGGCCACUCUCGCAGCUGCUCCAACUGUUGGGCUCUCUGAGACUUUCUCAAGAUUAAAACAAAAGGGAAAAGUGGCAUUCAUUCCGUAUAUCACAGCCGGUGAUCCUGACCUUCCAACCACCGCAGAAGCGCUGAAAGUCCUUGACUCAUGCGGCUCAGACAUUAUUGAAUUAGGAGUGCCUUAUUCAGACCCUUUGGCUGACGGUCCUGUUAUCCAGGCUGCUGCCACACGUUCAUUAGCCAGAGGAACCAAUUUCGAUAAAAUCAUUGCAAUGUUGAAGGAAGUGGUACCUCAAUUAUCUUGUCCAGUCGCACUAUUCUCAUAUUAUAAUCCAAUACUCAAGCGCGGCACAGAAAAAUUCAUGACCACUUUGAAAGAUACUGGAAUACAUGGACUUGUUGUGCCGGAUGUACCUCUGGAGGAGACUGAGAUAUUGAGAAAGGAAGCUAGUAAUAAUAAUAUAGAACUGGUGCUGCUCACAACACCCACUACUCCAACAAUACGAAUGAAAGCUAUUGUUGAAGCUUCAGAAGGAUUUGUCUAUCUUGUGAGUGCAGUGGGAGUUACUGGAGCACGAGCAUCUGUCAGUGAAAAGGUUCAAUCUCUUCUACAAGAAAUUAAGGAGGUAACAAACAAGCCAGUGGCAGUUGGUUUUGGCAUAUCAAAACCUGAGCAUGUUAAACAGGUAGCUAGUUGGGGAGCAGAUGGAGUAAUUGUUGGUAGUGCCAUGGUAAAAAUACUGGGUGAAGCCAAAUCUCCUGAAGAAGGCUUAAACGAACUAGAAGCGUUCACUAAAAGCCUAAAAUCUGCACUGUUAUGAUCAAUUCUGCUUUUGCACCUUAUCCUGAAACCGGGCUUCCCAGAUGCAGUGAAACAGGGUCGAGGGUUUUGGAUCUCCGUAGCAUCACAGGUCAUGAACUUCUUGAAUCCACAGCCGCGUUAUUUGGUGGCCUCCAUUAAUCAAUAUCAAAAUUGUUUUCGUAAAAAUAGGGUUUGUUGUUAGACUUCUUACUUCAAUACAAUUUUCAGAUCGUUGGACACAAAAAGAACAAUAUUUUUCCAGAUCUUAGCUUUGGUGUUGUCCACCAUUGCGCCAAU